CCCACAUAUAUCCAAUCAAGAAUAUAACUGCCACUUCUUGGCCACUUCCAAUUUGGCAAGUGUUUGUGAAAUGUUAGAAAUGAUUGUUAAGGAAUUGAAUGAAUUGGCCACAGUAGGGUUUGAAGCUUAUGAUCACAGUAUAUCUCAAGUGGUGUUGGUAACGUCAACAGUCUUGUGCUUUGUAGCUGACUCACCCAUGCAUGCGGAGAUUACCAACACCCCCAAUCCAGGAGCUUCGCUGAACCCCUGUCGAAUGUGUACCCUAUGUGUCUCGGCCAAGCGUUUCCGCAAGACUCACACAUACGUUCAACAUUUUGUCCAGAGGGACAUGUUUGGGAGAAAGUUCCCAAGAGGUGAAAGGCACUGGGAAACAACCAAGAGCAACACUCACAAACUAUUCAACAUUGCCACCACAGAAAGCAAUGCUCAAUAUCUCAGAAAGGGAAGGAAAUAUGGGUUGAAGGACACCAUCAACAACAAAUUCAUAAUUGAAUCCAAGUCUGACCCCCGAGUCAAAGAAAGAAUGGAAAAUUUUGCCCAAGGCAGUUCUCACAGGUUGUAUAACCCCAUACUUGAACUGAUUGGAUUUGAUGGUGUUAAAGAUACUCCUGUAGAAAUUUUGCAUGUUGUCCUCCUGGGAGUUGUGAAAUAUCUGGCCCGGGAUUUGGUGGCAGGUGUCCCCCAAUCCCAACGAUACAAAUUAAUUGCACGACUGGAAUCAUUCAACUGUCAAUCAUUGAACAUUGACUCACUCAAACCAGAUUAUCUCAUACAACACAUCAAAAGUCUUGUUGGAAGGGAUUUCAAGAUAAUCAUUCAGGCCGCCCCUUUUGUCUUCUCAGAGACAAUGACCCCUGAUCAGAAGGAGAUAUGGCGAUUUGGCCCUCCCUCUCUGGUGUCAACGGAAAAGUUUGAAUCAUACAAUGGUGUCUUAAGGAAAGCAUCAAUUCACUCCAACCGGAUGGCCCCAGGGAGGGACUUGGCAACAUCAUUUGAUAAUUAUUCAUCCAUAAGGUUCCUAACUUCUGGGGGCACAAUAUAUGACCCCAAAACCUCCCAGUCCAGAGGAAUAGGAGACGAUGUGACCUCAAUAUUCUCUGGAAACAAAAUAAUUCAGCAGUCCAUGGGUUACAACUUCAAUGCAUCUCAUCCUCUAGAUCCAGAUCAGUAUCCAGCCAAGACAGCCAAACAUCAUAUCCAGGACCCCAAACUUCAAAUCCCCCAACAGCUGGAAAAUCCACGUGAUGGACGGGUGGUGACCCAAGUAGCCCAAAUACAAAUCAACAAGCAUGACCGAUUGGACCCAGGGGUAUUUGUUGUGGUCGGAAAGAACACCAGUGAUGAAUUGGGAGUUGGUGAGGUCCAAUCCCUAUGGCAAGCCAAGGCCGAAGGAAUGUCCCCCAGCUUCUUUUGUAAGAUCAAUGUUUUCAAACUCAAAGGAGUUGAUGCAUUUUAUGAGAUGAGACAAUUGAAGAGGACAAGCCAAAGCACAGUGGUCAAUGCUAGGUUUAUUCAAGGUUGCAUCAAUGUACAACAUAAUUGUUGUAAAGGUAACUGCUCAGCCACUAAAACCAAAGCCAAGAAAAAAGAACGUCAGACCACAGGUGACCUGACCUGGGAAGUCACUCAUAAUGACCAAGACCAUUACAUAAUCAAUGCAUCUUCACUACAUGACCCCACCCUUCAUCAAAUGAUAUCCAAAUUACCAGUACGCACACUCCAAGAUCAAGAAUGGGUUGAUGCCAUCAGCCAAGGAUUGGCUGUGUGGAAUGAUCAAGAUGAAGAUAUCACCUCAGAUGAAGAUGAAGAUGAAGAUGCAGAUGCAGCAGAUGAGGUCAAUUCAUCUGAUGAAGAAGAUGAGGAAGGCAAUGAUGAUGCAGAAGGAGAAACAGAAUGAUCCAGCCCCAGUUCUGAAAUAUUUCACCUUGGGAACCAUAUUUUAUUCUAUGUUCAAAUUCCAUGUAUAUAAAUAGGGUCCAACAAUUUUUUCAAAUUCUAUGUACAUAUCUUGAGUCCAACAAUUUACUAUCCUAUGUUCAAAUUCUAUGUACAUAAUUUGGGUCAACCCAUUUGCCACAGGAGGAAACCUCCAAAUCAAUGACCCAUGGUGCAUUUUACCUGCCAACCACAAGCCAUUCCUUUUAUCAAAUGGUUCCAAGACAGCAUCAAUCCAC